AUGAAGGAGGUUGCAGGGGGUACACUGCCAAAAGAGGCCGAAAAGAAAGAUAUGAAGAAGGUAGAAGAGGCCGAGAAGGAAGAUUUAAAGAAGGCAGCAGAGGCUGAGAAGGAAGAGAAGAAAAAGAAAAAGAGCAAGGGAAAGAAGGCUGGAGAGACGAAAUCUUCACGACAUCGCAAGGCAGGAAAGAACAAAGAGCAAAAGGAUGAUAACGAAGAUGAAGAGGCCAAGAAGAAGAGGAAGAAGAAGGAGAAAAGAUUGCGCCGACGUGAAAAGAGGCGCCUAAGAGAAGAAGAAGAAGUAAGACAGACCGCUGCGAGGAAUCUCCCUUCGUAA